AUGACAUUAUCAUCCAGAAGAAGAGAGUUGAGAGCAUCGUUAAGAUCAAAUGGUGUUCAUGAUGAGGAUUCGGUCAAUCAAGAGAUUGAUGAUACUUUAAAUGGUUUGCAACAUGAAACACAUCAAACACAGGUAACUACCAACUUACCUGGAACUACCAUUAAAAAUGAGAUUGAUGAUGAUGCUACCAAGCUUAGAAACUUAGACUUUGAAGUUGAUGAUGGAGAUGAUUCUGAUAAUGAUGGAGAUUUUGCUCCUCAACCUGAAGAUGAAGAUGAUAAUGAUGAAAAUGAAUUCUUUGAUGCUGAGGAAUAUGCAGCAACUAAUAAUUCAAAGAAAAGAGUUAGAAGACUUAAAAUGAGUCAACAAACUUAUCAAGAAAGUAAAGAGUUUAGACAAGAUCAACAUCAUCAUCAACAAAUUCAACAACAAUUAGCUCAACAACAACAACAACAGCAACAACAACAACAACAGCAACAACAGCAACAACAAUUUGCUCAACAUCAACAUCUUCAACAGCAACAACAGCUUCAACAACAACAGCAACAGCAACAACACCUUCAUCAACAUCAACAUCCCGAUCCUGUCACUACAUUAGUUACUGGAGUUAGUAUUCCAAAUUCUCAAGUUCCAAAACAAACUAGAACCAUAUUUAAAGAUAUUGAUAAUCCAGAUUCAAAUAUUUGUGAAUUUUGUGGUAAAGAAUUUAGAAAUGUUAUUGAUAAAAGAAAUCAUAGAAGAACUCAUUCUCAACCUAAAAGAUUUGAAUGUGCUACUUGUGGUAAAAAAUUUAGUCAAAAAGCCAAUUUAGCAAUUCAUGAAACUCAUGUUCAUCAUGAUUUAGUUUUAGAUGAUGUUUUAGAAGUUUCACAACAUCAACAACAACAACAACUUCAACAAAAUCCACAACAAUCUCAAUUUGCUCCUAAUGAAGAUCCUCAAUUACAAUUAGAACAACAACAUCACCAUAUUGCUCAACAACAACAACAAGCUCAAGUUCAAGCUCAACAAGCUCAACAACAAGCUCAACAACAUGAUUUGCAACAACAAUUGGCUCAGCAACAACAACAAACCCAACAACAAUAUGGUUCUAAUGUUGUUGAAGAUAAUGUUAAUGUUUUUGCUGAUGGUCCAACUACAACAACCACACAAACAACUACUAGAAAUAUUACUCCUCAAGCUCCUACUAAACCAUUUGUUGAUUUAAAAGAUGUUAGAGUUUUCCAUUGUAAUGCUUUUAAAUGUGGUAAAGGAUUUUUAUCAUAUGAAAAAUUAAUGAAUCAUAUUGAAGCUGAUCAUAAAAAUGUAAAUGAAGAACGUCUUAAUGAUCCAAAUCAACCAUAUGAUCCUUCAAAUCCUGCUCAUGCAGCAGUAAUGGCAGCAGCUUCAGGUUCAAGUUCUUCACCACAAGCUAAUACUUCAGUUGUUCCAAAACCAAAAAGACCAAAAAGAGAAUCAUCAUCAUCAAAUGUUAAAAUUCAUCAUUGUACUCAUCCAGGUUGUGAUAGAUCAUUUGCAAAAAUAUCUGAUUUAACAAGACAUUAUAGAAUUCACACUGGUGAAAGACCAUUUGUUUGUGAACAUUGUGGUGCAAGUUUUAAUCAAAGAUAUAGAUUAACCACUCAUGUUAGAAUUCAUACUGGUGAAAAACCUUUUAGUUGUAAAUAUUGUGGUAAAACUUUUGCAAGAGGUGAUGCUGUUCAAUCACAUAUUUUUUCAAUUCAUAGAGCUAAAGGUGAAGCGUUUUAA